CUACCGCUGAACCCACUGUUCGCAGUCGCCCAGUAUGAAAGAGACAGAAAGAUGAACUUUUUUGUGUUUGGGGUUUUUUUCAUCGCUAAAAAUCCUACUUGAAUGACUGAUAUUACAUCAAGAAAACAUAAAAAUGACACCUCAGAUUUCUCCAAAAGAUGUUCCACAGGACAGGAGAGAAUCAGAGGAAGAAGAAGAACCAGUUUAUGGUAAUAUUGUACAAGAAUCGAGCAGCAGUGGGGAAGAUGAUGAAGAAGAACAACAGUUAGACGCUUCACCUCAGGGUUACAUUCCUCUUUCAAUGAACGAUGCUAGUGAAACAUCCGAAGCUUUUUUACAAGAAUUGAAGGAGGAUAGUACUGCUUCGGAAAGUCAUGAAAAUCAAGAAGCACAAAUACAUGAAAUUCAUGGUAAUCAGGCAGCUUCUCGACUUUCUGACAGCCAGCAUAAUGAUGCUAAUGAAGAACUCCCAAUGGAUAAUGAUAAAGUGAAUCUCAUCCAACAAGUCAUGUCUAAGAUAGCCUUACCACCUUCUUCCAUACCUGAAUGGGCUAACGUUAUACCUGAAGAUAAAUGGAAGAAUUCUCUACUCACGAGUCUAGAAAAAAGAACUCAUUUAUCAUCAUCCACUAACUGCAAUGAGACAGAUCCUGAAAAAUGACUUUAGAUGAAAGUCUUUGAUAAAUUAAAAUAUGAAAUAUAACCUAGUUUUUAAAUUGAAUAGAUCUCUUUAUGUUUCUUUGUUUGAGUUGUAUCCAUAAUAAUGUGUCUUCUCAUGCACAACUGCUAACAUAAUAAUGAUUGAUACUCUAGGAAAUGACAUAUGGUUUGAAAUGGGAAAGCAUCACACCCAUGAUAGAGGGGUUUUUUCUCUUUCCUUUUUGGACAUAACAUUUGUAUUGAUUUCAUGGCUGUAUAUACUUGCAUUUAUGGACCUUAAUUUAUUUUACUAUGUGUUAGAGUACAAACACUAUAAGUGUGUAACAUAAAUACUGCUAAAUUAUGCUAAUCCUAUUGUUUCCUAUUGUUUAAUUAGCACUAUUUACUACUAAAUAGUGCAAAGUGUUACACACUUUUAUUGUUUGUACUCUAUUCCCUUGGAAAUAGAUUUUGUGUUUGGGUUUUCUUCAUGUUAAAAGAAGAUCAAGGAAUUAAAAAAAUGGUAACCUGAAAAGCUAUAUAACACUUAGUAAAAUCUGUUAACAACCUGACUAUUAGGUUUAUAAGCCUAUUAUUUUUUUGAUGGGGCUAUUUCCAGUUUCCCUAUUCUAUAAUAUAAUACCAAUUGUGAUGAUAUAUCUUAAUGCAUUUUUGAGGUUUGAAUUUCAAGCUUAAUAGAUAUUUUUGGUGUAGUUAAGGAUUCAAUUAAAAUUUACAUGUUGAAACUGUUAAAAAUAAGACAACCAUGAAACCCAAUAAAUAAAAACUUACAAUG